ACUGACUCUAAAGAUCAGUCAAAGCAAUAAAACUGAUAACCAUCAUCAUCAUUCAUCCAUCACCCAUCUUCAUCAUAGAUAGAACUCUAGACUUACAUCUCCUUAAAGGUUCUCACUUUUCUUAUUCUACCUACCUUUAAGUCUAAGCUAGCCUAUCUCGAUUGUUUUACUUUACUUUGGUUUUCUUAAAAACUCAACCUUCUUACCGAUCUUUGUCAACAUAAAACAAAAUCCACUGAUCACCAACAUUCGAAGAUGAACUCUAUGUCAAGUAUGUCAUCCACACUACCAGCCGCUGGUACUGCUGCCGCAGACACUGCCGGUAAUGGAGGUGUUGCAGUUAAACAUCGUCCUGGUGGAAUCUUUUCACGAUUCGAACUCACUGGAAAGGUGGCUGUAGUCACAGGAGGUGCUCGUGGUCUUGGAUUUGAGAUGGCACGUGCACUUUGUGAAGCUGGUUUAGCUGGAAUUGCGAUUUUGGAUAUUUUACAGGAAUUUGGGGAAAGUGCAAUUAAAGAACUACAUGCUGAUUUUGGACUUACAGCUUCAUUUUAUCGAGUAGAUGUUAGGGAUCAUGAAGCAGUAGAAGAAGUGAUCAAUGGUGUGGUUCGAGACUUUGGAUCUGUAGAUGUGUUGAUCUGUUCGGCUGGUGUGGCCGAUAAUAUUGCGGCUGAAGACUAUCCUGCAGACCGUUUCAAAAGGGUGAUGGAUAUCAAUCUAAACGGUGUUUUCUUCUGCGCCCAAAGCUGUGCUAAGCACAUGAUCUCCUCAGGCCGAGGUGGUUCCAUGAUCUUUAUUGGUUCCAUGAGUGGCAGUAUUGUGAACUACCCGCAACCCCAAUGUGCAUACAAUGCCAGUAAAGCGGCUGUGAUUCAUUUGAUGAAAUCAUUAGCAGCUGAAUGGGCACCACACAAAAUUCGAUGCAACACCAUCUCACCUGGUUAUAUGAACACACUUUUGAAUGAAAAAUUCGAUCCUUUGUUGAAGAAAGUUUGGUUUGAGCGAACUCCUGUGGGACGAAUGGGACAUGUCUCGGACUUGAACGGGGCUGCUCUUUAUCUUGCCAGUGAUGCAUCUGCAUUUACCACUGGAUCAGACCUCUUGGUGGACGGUGGUUACUGUACCUGGUAGAUGAUGAUAUGAGCUCUGAGAUGAAAUGAGCCGAUCUAAAGAAAACCCUAUCAAUCUGGAUGAUUCAAACCUCGCCAUAGAUUAAAGCUUCAGAUGAGAAAGGCUCAGUUGUGAUAGUGAAGAAAUAAAUAUAGGUGAUACUCAAGAUAAAUCAAUUGAUGCUUCUUUCUUUUUCUUUUCAAUUUGCUAUGUUUCCUUUUUUGUAUUGAACCCAUGUGAUGUUGCAGCAAAAUCAAAGGUUUUUUUUGAUUCACAUUCGCUUUCAUGUAUGCAAAAAAAAGACUUUUUGAAGCAUAUUCAACUAGAUC